GGUAGCUUUGCGGUUUUACCUACAAGCUCUACGUGCUUGGAGCUCUCAAUAUCUAUGCCAGGCUUUGCUUCAUCGCACUCUCUUCCUUCCUCCGAAGGGGUGGGUGGUGGUGGUGGGAUGAUGAGAGAUUUGGACAUAAAUCAAUUGCCUCCCUCAGGAAGAGGAGAAGAAGAGUGGACAACUGCUAGCAUGGAAUUAGAUGAAGAUGACACCAACACUGGCGGCGGAGACGGUGGCCCUCCCCGGAAAAAACUCCGUCUCACAAAAGAACAGUCUCGUCUUCUUGAAGAAAGCUUUAGACAGAAUCACACCUUGAACCCUAAACAAAAGGAGGCACUGGCAAUGCAAUUACAGCUAAAGGCAAGACAGGUUGAAGUGUGGUUUCAAAACCGUAGAGCAAGGAGCAAGCUAAAGCAGACAGAGAUGGAAUGUGAAUACUUGAGGAGAUGGUUUGGGUCCCUGACAGAACAAAACAGGAGGCUACAAAAGGAGGUGGAGGAGCUGAGGGCCAUGAAGGUGGGUCCACCCACCGUAAUCUCUCCCCACAGUUGCGAGCCACUGCCGGCAUCCACCCUGACCAUGUGCCCCCGCUGCGAGAGAGUCUCCUCCUCCUCCUCUGCCGCCACCACCACCCAAGACAAGGGACCCACCACCAGGGCCACCAACAACCCCACCACAUUGUCAUUGUCUUCCUCUAAAGUGCAGCCUAUCAUUCAUCCCCGACAUCCUUCGGCAGCUUGUUAGUCAAAUGACCUCCACCUCCACCUCCACCUCGUAUAAAGGAAGGAUGAAAAAUUCAAGAAUUAAUGUUCAUAGUUUAUAUAGUAUAGUACUAGUAGUAGUUCAUACAAUGCACUUUUGGAUACUAACCUCAUAUAUCUAUUUCUUUAAAAUAAUUUUUAUUAUUCUAGUUGCACAUUAUCUUUAUCCUA